AAUCUAUUCUGUAUUUACUGGUUGCUAAUGCGGAGAUUACGAGGCUUACAUGACAGUGGAUGAAAACUUUUCUGGUGGCGCUUUAUUUAACUGCGCGUCUGCUACACUGCGGCGAUGUGUCUUCUUGGGUCGGUAGAUGUCUCUAAACGCGGCAGCGUGGCCUAGUGCAUAAGGCUCCGUACAUGCGAGUUCACGGAAAUCUCCGUUUUGUUGGUGCUAAAUCUAAACCUAUGUUAUUGUAUAUAACAGGAGUGCGGUAAACAAUCAUGGGAAAAGACAGGAAGACUAAGAAAGACAAACUGGACGAUGACGACACCUUGGUGCAAGACAUGGAUAGUCUCACCAUUACUGACAAAGGAGGCGCUAAGAAAAAGGUGGACACCAGUGGCGAUGGCCUCAAUGACAACAUGCCUGUCCGCAAAGGCAAGGCUAAGAAAGGUGCAAACAAGCUAGACGACAGCGACAGUGACGAGCCAGCCAAGCCUGCCAAAGGUCUAGCAAGCAAAAAGGCAAAGGGCAAGAAGGGCCGUGGCGACAACGACAGUGACGGAGACGAUGAUGAUGCCAAACCGGCUGCUGCCAUGACCAAGAAGGGUGCAAAAGGAAAGCGUUUUGAUGACAGCGAGGAGGAUGAGAAGGUUGUGAAGCCAGCCGGAAAGGCAAAGAAAGGCAAGAAGAAAGCGGCAGAGGACAGCGACGACGAAGUGGAACCCGCAAAGCCUGUGCAAAAGGGGAAGAAGGGCAGAAAGAAAGGUGGAGACGAGAGCGACGAGGAUGAGGAGAUCACUAAGCCUGCUAAGGGAAAGAAAGGGAAGAAGGGAGAGAACAGUGAGGACGAGGAUGAGCCUGCCAAAACAGCAAAAGGAAAGAAAGGAAGGAAAAAAGGAGGCGAUGACAGCGAUGACGACGAUGAGGAGGAGUUCAAGCCGACCAAAGGCAAGAAAGGCAGGAAAAAAGGGGACGAUAGUGACGAAAAUGAAGAUCCAAAGCCUGCUGCGAAGGCAAAGAAAGGAAAGAAAGCAGGAGACGAGAGUGAUGAUGAGGAUGAUGUCAAGCUGGCCAAGGGCAAGAAGGAGAAAAAGACGGCAGCAGGCAAUGAAAGUGACGAGGAAGAAGAGGCUAGACAGCCGGUCGUCAAAGGGAAGAAGGGGAAGACAAAAGCAGGAGAUGAAAGUGAGGAUGAAGAGGAAGACAAGCCACUAUUCUCGAAAAGAAAGCAGAAGAAGGGUAGAGGCCUGCUCAACGAGAGUGGUGAUGAAGAUGAUGAGAUGCCUACUGCUCCUGCCUUUUCGAAGAAGAAGAAAAACAAGAAACAGAAGGACUCCGACGAUGAAGGUGAGCCCAAGGCUCCCAAGAAAAAGAUUGGUGGUUUUGCACUCCUCGAUGUUGACGAUGACGACGAUGUGGAGGCUGUGGACAGUGCAAAGGAAGAUGUUGAAGAGCAAGAGGAGAAGGUUGUGAAAGAGGAAAAGAAAGAGAAGAAAAAGAAGGAGAAGAAGAAAAAGAAGAACCAGGAUGACGACGAGCUUGAAAAGAUGCUGGAAGAGCUCACAUUGGAAAUUGAAGGCAAAAAACCGCCGCCCACGAAAGAGUCUCUCACUGCUGCUGCUGCUGCUGGUCAGGAAGGCGAAGAGGGUGAAACCAUGGAACCCAUGACUGGCAAGAAGAAAAAGAAGAAAGACAAGAAGGCUGCUGCCCAAGAUGAGCCUUUGGAAGGGGCAGAGGAAACCAAGGAGGUCAAGGACGAGGCAGCUGCACCUGCUGCUGAGUCGAAAAAGGCCAAAAAGAAAAAGAAAGAUGCAGCUAAGAAGGAGGCUGAAGCCACCCCUACUGUUCCCAGCAAGGAGGCAACGCCAGUUCCCACAGCUGGGGAGGAGCCUGCUCCUGCAGAAGGGGCCGAAGGCGCUGAAGAAGAAGCAGGUGAUGGUAAGAAGAAAAAGAAGAAAAAGGAUGAAGAUGACAAGAAGAAGCAAAAAAAGCCUGGCUCAAAGCAGAUUGCUGCUAUCCAAGAGCACCUGAGGAAGCUGAAGGAGGAAGAGGAGAGAAGGAAACAGGAGGAAGAGGAGAAAAUCAAAGCCGAGGAGGAAGCUGAAAGGUUGCGAGAAGAGAAGCUGAAGCAGGAGCAGGAGCGCAAGGAGCGCAAGAAGCAGAAAGAGAAGGAGCGGCGGGAGCGCGCCAAGGCCGAGGGACGGCUGCUCACCAAGGCACAAAAGAUGGCGCGGGCCCGCAUGGAGGCCACACUCAAGACACUUAAGGAGCAAGGCAUAGAGGUGCCGCAGAUAGGAGAGAAAAAGGAGAAGACCUCGCGCACCAUGGACCGCCGCAACAGGAACCAACGUAAGAAGCCCGAGGAAGAGGAGAAGAAAGUGGAUGAGACGGUUCCCCAAGUACAACUGGAAAUUUUGGGACCAGACACCACAGCGGCGACUGAGCAAAAUGAGCAGCAAAAGGAGAUGUCGCCCACAGAGCCGCCUCCAGAGGAGAAGGAGGAUGUGAAGGACGCCUGGGAUGAGACCUCGUCUGAAGAGGAAGACGACGAAGAGGAGACAAUUGAAGAGAAGAUGAAAAUGGACAUCAAAGUCCAGGUCAAAACUGAAGCUCCCAAGAAGACCGUGGCCCAAAAGAAGGGCCCCCAACCAUCCAAGAAGCAGAAUGAAUCGUCCUCUUCCGAGUCUGACGAUGAGGAGUCCUCAUCCGAUGAGUCAUCCGAUGAAGACAGCAGCGAGAGUGAGGAUGACAAGUCUCACUCCAAGGAGAAAGUGAUCGCGCGGCUAAGGAAACUGAGAGAGGAAGCUGAGAAAAAGCGUACAGUGGACAACCUUCGGUCACCAGUCAUUUGUGUCCUAGGGCACGUCGAUACGGGCAAAACUAAGAUUUUGGACACAAUUCGGCAUACUCAUGUCCAGGACAGUGAAGCUGGUGGCAUCACUCAACAGAUUGGUGCUACAAUGGUUCCUCUUGAUGCCAUCAAGGAACAAUGCAAGAUGGUCAAAGAGUUUUCAAACAAGGCAUUGAAGAUUCCUGGCCUCCUAAUUAUUGACACUCCCGGUCACGAGUCGUUCAGCAACCUGCGUUCGCGUGGCUCCUCUCUGUGUGACAUGGCAAUCCUAGUGGUCGACCUGAUGCAUGGCCUGGAACCACAGACCAUUGAGUCAUUAAACAUGCUGCGCUCACGCAAGACACCGUUUGUUGUGGCGCUGAACAAGGUGGACCGGCUGUACGACUGGAAGGGCAACCGCAACAAGGACAUCACAGAUGUGCUCAAGGCCCAGUCACGAAACACGCGUCUCGAAUUUGAGGAGCGCACUCGAGAGGUCGUGCUCCAGUUUGCUGAACAGGGUCUCAAUGCUGCUCUGUUCCAUGAGAACAAGGACUUGAAAUCCUUUGUCUCCCUGGUGCCGACCUCUGCUCUAAGUGGCGAUGGGAUGGGCAACCUCAUCAGCCUUAUUGUGGACCUCACGCAGAACAUGAUGGCCAAGCGCAUUGCCUUCUCCGAGGAACUCCAGGCCACCGUGUUGGAGGUAAAAGCCAUCCCCGGCUUGGGCACCACCAUCGAUGUGAUUCUGGUGAAUGGGACUCUCCGCGAGGGUGACACCAUGGUGCUUGCUGGCCAUGAGGGCCCGUUCACGACACCCAUCCGAUCAUUGCUUAUGCCACAGCCACUGAAAGAGUUGCGAGUAAAGAACCCCUACCAAGAGUACAAGGAAGUGAAGGGCGCCCAGGGAGUGAAAAUUGCUGCCAAAGAUCUGGACAAGGCCAUCGCAGGCCUGCAGGUCCUGGUCGCCAAGCAUCCUGACGAAGUUGAAGUGCUCAAGGAAGAAGUUGCUCGGGCAUUGAAGGAGGUGAUGAGUGGCUUCAAGCUGGCUGAACGAGGUGUCUACGUCCAGGCAUCAACACUAGGUUCUUUAGAAGCUUUACUCGAGUUUCUUAGGGUUUCUAAAAUUCCAUAUUCUGGCAUCAGGAUUGGUCCUGUUGUCAAAAAGGAUGUCAUGAAGGCUUCUAUCAUGUUGGAACAUGACACCCAGUAUGCUGUGAUCUUGGCCUUUGAUGUGAAGAUAGAACGAGACGCGCAAGAGCUGGCUGACUCGCUUGGGGUGAAGAUUUUCCAGGCCGACAUCAUUUACCACUUGUUCGACAAGUUCACUGCCCACAGGGAGGAGCUGCGCCAGAAGAAGCGCGAGGAGUUCAAGUCCGUAGCCGUGUUCCCCUGCCGACUGCGCAUUCUGCCCCAGUUUGUGUUCAACUCCCGUGACCCCAUUGUUGUCGGUGUGUCUGUCGAAGCUGGCAUCGUCAAGGAGGGCACGCCACUCUGUGUCCCCUCCAAGGAAUUCCUGGAUAUCGGCAUAGUGACCACUAUCGAAGUGAACCACAAGACUAUCGAGUCUGCGCGUAAAGGCCAAGAAGUGUGCAUCAAAAUUGAGCCUCUUGGUGGAGAGGCACCGAAGAUGUAUGGGCGACACUUUGAUCACACCGACUUCCUUGUUAGCAAGAUAUCACGUGCAUCAAUAGACGCCUGCAAGGAGUACUUUAGAGAUGACCUCGUCAAAACAGACUGGCAGCUCAUGGUAGAACUGAAGAAGUUGUUCCAGAUUCUAUGAUCGCCGUGGGAUCACACAAGUGCAAACUCAAGACACCUGCCCAUUGUCCCCAUCUCAGCCGGCUGAUGAGCGCUCAAGAUGACAAGAAGAAAGUGAAAUAAAGACUCAUAGGGACUGCCUGCCACCAGCUUCAUUGCUGUGUGGCAGUUGUGAUUUCUGAAGUGGCCAAAGGGACCGUUCUUUGUUUUGGCUUACAGCAGCAGUGACUGUGACUGUAAUUAGCAUGCAGUUGAAAUUAAGAGUACACCCCGAUUGCCUCUCACGCCGAUGUGGGUGUCGCAUUGCAGCGCACCACGACGAAUGUUUGCAGCGCACGGCGGCACGAGUUGUUGUUGGCUGCAAGUGGUGUGAAAGAGUUGUCACGGAAGAGAGAAUGGUGAGUGUAGGUUGAGCAUGACUAACGAUACGCAAGGUGCGAGACUUAAGGAGACCAUUGUUCUUGCAAACUUUUUGUUUCACUUUUUGUAUAACAGCCACACAUAGCUCGCUGUUGCUGAUGCAUUCACCUGGGUGGGUAAGAGGCAUAGCCAUGCGUAUUUAUGAAAAGCCCAGGUAAUCUUUUUAUUGGGAUGGUUUCUUAUUUCUUUUUUUACCUAAUUUAAAUCCCUAAGGAUUCCUUGUUGAUGCGCAAGUUAUGUUCUCACCACUGGAAAUGUGACAGAACUUAGUGGGAAGGAAAGAAAUGCUUUGCUGCAACAGAGGGUGCCACAAUGUUUCGUGUCUCUGAAAUAGAGGCAAAGAAGCAGGAUCAUGUUGUCUCGUCUUAGCACGAAUAUUUUUGUUAAGUGGUGUGUUACAUGAUCACCGUCAUGGCCACUAAAAAAAGUCUGACAUUUUAAACUUUUUUAUCUUGAAGCAUCUAAAUGGCAAGCAUACGCUUUGGCAGUGUUCACUGUUUCCACGCUGUUCUUGUGUUUACAGCUGGGUGAACAGAAUUUUGGCCCAACACCUUCUUGUCCUUGUGAAGUGUAGUGGUCGUCCACAGUGUGGUUUGCAAUGCCAACGUCCAUGUUCAGAAACCAUUUCGCAAUCUGGGACAUGAAUUUUAAUGUAAUGUAGUUGAAAGGCAGAGCUAGUGCUCACAAUGUGCUCGUAAUGGCAUUGCUUUCUGGUUCACUUACCAAUUUCGUGAAGCAAAACAUUUUUAUAAACCCUGUUGUGUGGUUAUUGUUAGUUUUGAAGGAAGUGGGAGUGAAUUUUUCUUAUUUGUUUCAGGCACCCAAUUAAAAUCGGUGAUUCUAUAAGCAUUGGUAAAAUCAGUAAACACCAAAAACAUUUAAAACAAUGAUUUUAAUUUAAAGAUCAUGAAGUUUUAUAUUGUAAAACAAUAUAUUGCUUUAAUCUGUGCCACUAUAGAUGAGUAACGGAAUGGAUUACCUGUCAGACAAAAAUAUCAGAACCCUUCAGCUAGUUGCGCAGACAUGCAAGAAAAUAUGUUGAGAAAACUGUUGCUUGAAUGUGAGCGAUUUGUUUUGCAAGCAUGCGAAUAAAUUAUCUCUCACACGUU